CAAAGGGUGUAUGUGUAUAGUGCAGUCAGUGCAGACUGCAGACGACCCGUCGAUGUGAGCGCAAUAUUUCAGACGACGCUGUAUAAGUUUGAGUUAAUGUUAAUAAUUUUAUCAUACUAUAACAUUUUUGGUAUUUUUGUUGGUAACUGUUGAGUAUAGUCAGUUGCCAGAAAAGUAGCGAAUUGUGGUUGUAGUUUACAAAAAACCACCACUCAAAAAUGACAGUAAUGGAUUUUUUUGGCUGUGCCUUACUGGCUUUUGGACCUCCACUGACCAUGUUCACCUUCACCAUAGCAGUUGAACCUAUACGUAUUAUUAUACUAAUAGCCAGUACAUUUUUCUGGCUCAUUUCUUUACUGCUAUCAUCCAUGCUGUGGUACAUGAUCACACCGCUGCAAAAGUAUCUCUGGACUGGAAUACUUUAUUCUGUGACUCUUCAAGAAAUAUUUAGGUAUCUCCUUUACACAGUUAUGAGAAAAGCAGAAAAGGGCUUGGAAAAAGUCACAACUGCCCAUGUAUCAGAGAGCAGAGACGUGUUUGCAUAUGUAUGUGGUCUAGGAUUUGGUGUAAUGAGUGGUGCCUUUGCUUUGGUCAAUGUUCUUGCUGAUGCUAUUGGACCAGGAACAAUGGGACUUUACCAGGGCAACGAAUACUUUUUCUUGAUAUCGGCUGCUACAACCUUGUGCUUUAUCCUACUUCACACCUUCUGGGGAAUAAUUUUCUUUUCUGCUUGUGACGAGAAAAACUGGUUCCAAGUUACUUGGGUUGUUACUUCGCACAUGUUUGUCUCGUUCAUGACAAUUCUCAACAGUUAUCAACUCUAUGCUGCAAGUCUGUUUACCGUUUAUACUAUACUUUUGGUCAACACUGUUUUUGCUUUCAAUGUAGCAGGUGGUAGAGUACAGACUUUGCUUCAGUGUCUUAUUAAGAAAUGAGGGCAAGAAUUUUCUUAUUAGUAAUUGUGUGCUGCAGUACUAACUUUAUCUAAAUUAUGAUUUUUCAAUAUUACAUUUUAUUCAUAAUAAAACACAAUCAUUAUUUAAGCUAUAAUUAAAACGGAAUGAAGUAUUACAGUUUUAUUGAAUAUUUUUAGAGUGUUAUGUUCAGUCUCAUGUAUAAAGAAGUUAAAUUGAAAAUUGAACUGAUUAUACCAUUUUUAAGUAUCUAUUUUUCAAGUAAUAUCUCUAUUUUUGAGGAGUCUACAAGUUCCCUUACAAAAGACUGGAAACAAUUCACAGCUUGGAUGG